UGUUUUGAUUCAUUACAUUUCCUUUGAACUCAAAUGCUAUUUUUCUUUUUUUGUUAUAUCAUAUUAUCAUUUUUAUUCUAUGUUUUUUUUAUAUUUUGUAUUUACCUAUUUUUCAAAAAUAACCGCGAUUCGCAAUAUUUAGGUUCUUCUUUUUGUAUGAUAAGUGAUAACUAUCUUACAGUUAUCAUGUUUAAAAUUAAAUUUGCAUAAAUUAUUUGGUAAUAAUCAUAGUAUGUAUAUUGUAUACCGAUCAUAGUAUUAGUGGUAUUGUAAAGUAUACCUUUAUACUGUUGACCAGCGUAAACUGCCUUACUGGUGACAACGAUGAAGACGUUACCGUGGUAACCACAAUCUGAACGAUUGGACCACGAGAGCGGCGACGGCGCUGGCGGCGGCGUCUACUAUACGGUACAAGUCCCCAGUACCGAACGAAUUCACCGGCUUGAAACAACCGUUCGCUGAAGUUAUAGUUUAUCCCGUCACACAAAGUGCGAUCACCAAUAGAACGUAAUUUUCGAAAGUAGCUUUAUUCGUGUUAAAAGUACGUUGCGUCUAAAUCAAAAUGUGCAUACUUUUAGCUAAUUUACGUUUUAAAUUUGUCAAAAUAUGUUGAAAUAAGAGAAAAAAGAAAGACAUUAUGUAUGAAUUCGACAACGACACGACCAUUGUAGAAGAGGUUGACGGUCGAUUAUGUGUACUUGUUCGCAGCAAAUACACAAUGCUUCAAAAUUAUUAACGUCAAAGCUAUUCUUCAGAACAUGUGGAGGUGAAACAACUACUUCGUCAUGCCAAUGGAAACUAAUCUACAGAUAAAACUUUCCUGCGCUGGGAUCCUUUAUUUUUGUUCACGAUCUAACGAUGCGUGACGACCAAGGUUGCAGUUGACAUGGAUGGUGAGAACAGGAUCAUACUAAACGUCGGUGGUAUCCGUUACGAGACCUACAAAGCCACAUUGAAGAAAAUACCAGCUACAAGGCUUAGCAGACUCACUGAAGCUUUAGCCAAUUACGAUCCUGUGCUCAACGAGUAUUUUUUUGAUAGGCACCCAGGCGUGUUUGCCCAAGUACUCAAUUACUAUAGAACGGGGAAACUUCAUUAUCCAACAAACGUUUGUGGACCACUUUUCGAAGACGAGCUGGAGUUUUGGGGACUCGACUCAAAUCAAGUAGAGCCCUGUUGCUGGUCUACUUACAGCAUCCACAGAGACACUCAGGCCACUCUUGCCAUUCUCGAUAAGUUGGAUAUCGACUCUGAGAAACCGAACGAGGAAGAAGUUGCCAGAAUGUUUGGUUACGAGGAAGAAUACUUGGCUGGAACUCUGAACCUUUGGCAGAGGACCAAGCCAAAAUUAUGGGCACUCUUCAACGAACCGCAUUCUUCGUUAUCGGCCAAGGUAAGUGUGGUAGUCGCAGUCAUAUCCGUGUUUUUUAUAUGUGUGUCCGUACUGUCGUUUGCACUGAAAACUCAUCCUGACUUACGAGUAGCUACACUGAGAAAUGUAACCGUACCUAAGGAUCGACCGCCAGCCCCGGGUGAGGAUCCACCGAUGGAAUGGGUACUCAGCAAGGAUCGUACUGAUCCUCACGAGGCUUUUUUCUAUGUAGAACUUGUUUGCAAUGUUUGGUUCACAUUCGAACUUCUCGCUAGAUCUAUAGUAACCCCCAACCUUGUCCAUUUUGCCAAGUCUCCGGUGAACAUCAUCGACUUUGUGGCUACACUCAGCUUCUACACGGAUACCAUGUUGCAAAGCACACUUGCCCACCGUUUCGACAACACCGAGAUACUAGAAUUUUUUUCGAUCAUACGUAUCCUAAGGUUGUUCAAACUUACCAGACACUCGCCCGGGCUAAAAAUACUCAUACAUACGUUCAAGGCAUCUGCUAAGGAGCUGACGCUGCUAGUCUUCUUCUUAGUAUUGGGCAUCGUCGUUUUUGCUAGCCUGGUGUACUACGCCGAACGAUUGCAGGCCAAUCCACAAAACGACUUCAAAAGCAUACCGGAAGGACUUUGGUGGGCGAUCGUGACUAUGACUACGGUCGGAUACGGCGACAUGGCGCCUAAGACGUACAUGGGUAUGUUUGUCGGCGCGCUGUGCGCCUUGGCUGGCGUGCUGACCAUUGCGCUCCCCGUUCCUGUAAUCGUGUCGAACUUUUCCAUGUUUUAUUCACACACACAGGCUCGUUCAAAGUUACCCAAAAAAAGGAGAAGAGUACUCCCUGUGGAACAGCCUCGACCAAAACGUUGUGACGCUGUCUGUGCAGGUGUCAUGGGUGCUGCUGGGUUGAUAGGAAAUCGUAGAAUGGUCGCCGCUCCUACCCCUGGAGCGAUACUCAAAGAUACUUUCGUAAAUCCUAAACUAGGCAACAUUAACGGGAUGAACGUGCUGAGUCUCGCAUUCCAAGCACCACAAAUACCGGGCAUACCUGCACCAUCGUUUAUGCCGUACAACUCGCCCCCGAGACACUCGCAGGGUUCGCAAGACACAUUUCCCGGAGGCGUACUUAACGGCCGUGGCGGCGUUGUGGCUCCGGCUCCACUCCAACCAAGGGCGGCGACGAUCGAAUCCGUAUUCCUCCCUUUACAGCCGAGUUUGUUGGUGUCCUUGGGAGAGGACUCCAGGCCUCAGGACAUUAUAAUGCAGAGGACGUCUUCGUUGCCGAACUCAUCUGGAAACGAUUCGGUCAACCCGUCGUCUUCAUGAACAUUUUGCUCACGUUAGAUUGUUUUUUAUUUUUAGAUUCGUUUGCAAUGUUUACAUUGGCCCAACGCCAUCUAGUGUCGAAAUGACGGCGGUGAUCGGUACCAGGAAACCGAAUUCGUUCGCAACACAGAUAGCGGCUACUCACUCAUAAACGCUAUAAUGUUAUUAUUAUACUACUGUUCAAAACAGGCUAAAUAUUUUUCGUACAUCUUACUUAAUUCUAAAAAUAAUAUUGAUAUUGAAUGAACAGGCGAAGCCUGAGUUAAAUAUAGUUUCUCGUUACUUUUGGAUGCAUCGAAGUGUUGUGUCAAUCCAACUUUCGAUGGUCGUUAAUUGUGUGAAGAUAUUUUUAUGUGCGGUAACAGAUAUAAUCAUAUUUUCUAGAUAAACACUCUGAAACAAAUAUUAGUUAUGUACCUAUGUAUGUUUAUCAUGAUUCUAAGUCUUUGAAAUUAAAUUAAAAAUCAAAACAAUUAAUACACGUGUGUAAUUAAAUUAUUUUAACCCAUAAAUCAAUCGCACGUGACAAUUAUUAUUUAAAAAAAAAGUAUUGUAUAAAUGUUUUUCUUUUUGUUAUAUUUUACAAAAAAAACCAUCACCGUGGUCCACUAUAUGAAAUCUGUUCAAUCUUUAAUAUUAUAAUCUAUUAAUAACAUUUUAAUAAUAUAUAUUGUACGUUACCACGCUUAAAUAUUGUAUACCAAUGUCCAACAUUACGUUAAUAUUACCCUUUUAUAAAUAUUAUAUUAUGUUUAAUACAUUUUCAUUAUUCUGUGAUAUUUUGUUAUAUACAUAUUAUGUGUUUUUUUUUUUUUUAAUUUUAAUUUUGAUAAUAAUUUAGUCUUAAUACUGUAUAAUAUUUUAAAAAAAGAAGUGAAAAUUGUGCAUUUCCGAUGUUAAAGUAAAUCUGUUUGAAAUCAACUAAUACCCCGAACGACUGAUAGGUAAUAAAAUAUUAUAUGUAUAUAUAUUAUACUGAGUCUUGCAAGAAAUAAAAGAGUAUAAGGGGUCUCAUAGAUGAAUAGAAACUAUAAAAAUAUAUUAAAAUAUUACCGUAAUAAUAAUUGAUGUUGUCAAUAUUUAUUUGUAAAUUUUUUGCACUAUUGUUUUUAAUUUAAAAUAAAAAAAAAUAUAUACCAAUCGAUAUUCAAUAAUAAUAUUAUGUAUUUAUUGUGAUUAAACUUGGUUUUUUCUUUUAGUUUUUCCGUACAUUAU